CACCGGGAUGUCCCGGCGCGGUCCGUUCGCCCUCGCCCUUCUCGCUCUCCUGCUGGCCGCCCCGGUGCUGUGCUGCGGACCGGGUCGGGGCCCGGUGGGGCGGCGGCGGUUCGGACGGCGGCAGCUUUCCCCGCUGCUCUACAAACAGUUCGUGCCCAACGUCCCCGAGCAGACGCUGGGAGCGAGCGGGAGGGCGGAGGGCAAAGUGCUGCGAGGGUCGGAACGCUUCAGGGAGUUGGUGCCCAACUACAACCCCGACAUCAUCUUCAAGGACGAGGAGAACACGGGGGCGGAUCGCCUCAUGACGGAGCGCUGCAAGGAGCGGGUGAACUCUUUGGCCAUCGCUGUGAUGAACAUGUGGCCGGGGGUGAGGCUGCGGGUGACGGAGGGCUGGGAUGAGGACGGCCACCACCUCCCCGACUCGCUGCACUACGAGGGCCGGGCACUGGACAUCACCACGUCGGAUCGGGAUCGCCACAAAUACGGGAUGCUGGCGCGGCUGGCUGUCGAGGCCGGCUUCGAUUGGGUCUACUACGAGUCCAAAGCUCACAUCCACGUUUCUGUCAGAGCAGAUAAUUCCUUGGCCAUCCGCACCGGCGGCUGCUUCCCCGGCCACGCCACGGUGACGCUGCGGAGCGGUGAGAGCCGGGGUUUGGCCGAGCUUCGUCGGGGCGACUGGGUGCUGGGAGCCGAGCCGGGCGGGCGCCUGGUGCCCACCCAAGUGCUGCUCUUCCUACACCGCGACCUCGGCCAGCGCGCGUCCUUCGUGGCCAUCGAGACGGUUUCUCCAUCCCAACGGCUGCUGCUCACCCCGUCCCACCUCGUUCUCUUCGCCUCACGAGGGGUCGCCAACGGCUCCGCCGCGUUCCUGCCCGUCUUCGCCCGUCGGCUGCGCCCGGGGGACGCGGUGUUGGCCCGCGGGGACGAAGGGCUGCGUCCCGCAAAGGUGCUGAGGGUGUCGAGGGAGGAAGGGAUCGGGGUGUUCGCCCCGCUCACCUCCCACGGAACCCUCCUGGUGAACGGGGUGCUGGCAUCCUGCUACGCCGUCCUGGAGAGCCACCGCUGGGCUCACCGCGCCUUCGCUCCGCUGCGGCUCUUCCACGGGCUCCUCUCGCUGCUGCCGGCCCGCCCCGAGCCGGGGAACGGCACGGCGCCCGAGGUGGGCGUGCAUUGGUACUCGCGGCUGCUGUACCGCCUGGCACGCGGCGUGCUGGGCCGUGAGGGCGCGGGGGGGGCAGGGACGCCCCCUCCUGGGGACUCGCCGCUGGGCGCUCGGUGCUUGGAGCCUGGAGGGUGAGGAGGGGGUGUGGGGCGCCUCCAGGCCGGCGCUGAGGGCGGGUGUCCCCUGGGGGGGCGUCGCUCACAUUGGUGCCCCUCACUGGGUGUCCGCUGGGUGGGAGCCCCUCAGGUGCGGAUCCCCACCGGGUGCGUCUCCCCCAGGUAUCCCCCUCCGCUCCGCCCCCAGGUGGGCGCCCCUCACUGGGAGACCGCGUGUGGGUGUCCCCUGGGUGGGUGGUCCUCAGGUGGGCGCUCUUUGAGUGGAUCUGGCCGCACAUUGGGUGCCCUCCCCCCAGGUCCCCCCCCCCCACCAUGUGGGCACCCCUCGCCCUCAGGCAUCUGUCCCCGGGAUGGGUGCCGCCAGCUGGGUGAUGCUUGGGGAGGCAGUGGGGCAGCACAGGGAGCGCAGCUCAGCUCCACGCCCCGCACAGCGCUGCCAGGUGCCCCGUGCCCCCCUCCCCCCCACUCCCCCCGUAUUUAUUGCUUUAUUAACCACUGUGGAAUGGGGUUGGGGUCAUCGCACCGAGCCCAAAUCCACCCCAGGGGGCGUUCGGUGAGCCCACCCCCACCUGCUGCUGCUGGCACCUUCGGGGGGGGGAGGGGAACCUCUGCCACCCGUGGGGGUCCCCGUCCCCACGUGGCUCAGUGCUGUGGGGGAUCCAAUCCCGGUGUGUGCCGUGGGCACGGGGGGGGUCCCAGCUCUAACCCACGCUAACCGCUAACCUCCCCCCCCCAUUAAGAGUUUUAUUUUUCUAUUUAUAAAUGAUAAUAUAAAUGCGCUCGGCACCGCACGCCUCGCAGCGGGUCGAAGGGGGGGGAGGUGGAGAAGGACGCGCUUUUAAACCACUUCUGUUUAAAAAAAAUAAUGUUAAUAUUUAAUUCUUUCGGGAAAUAAAGAGAAUC